AUGGAGGCGGUGAAAAGCCCUAAGAAACCCACAGACGGGUGCCUGACGCGAACGCCAGGCCUAGCGCUGGACUUGAAACUGCACCUCCAGAGCACAGACUAUGGGAACUUCCUGGCCAAUGAAGCCUCCCCGCUCACCGUCUCUGUCAUAGACGACAAGCUGAAGGAGAAGAUGGUGGUGGAGUUUCGUCACAUGAGGAACCAUGCCUAUGAGCCCCUAGCAAGUUUUCUGGACUUCAUCACGUACAGCUACAUGAUUGACAAUGUCAUUCUGCUCAUCACUGGGACUCUGCACCAGCGUUCAAUCUCUGAACUGGUGCCCAAGUGCCAUCCUCUGGGAAGUUUCGAGCAGAUGGAAGCUGUGAACAUUGCUCAGACGCCUGCGGAGCUCUACAAUGCAAUCUUGGUGGACACUCCCCUGGCUGCUUUCUUCCAAGACUGCAUAUCUGAGCAGGACCUGGAUGAAAUGAACAUCGAAAUCAUUCGAAACACGCUGUAUAAGGCUUACCUGGAGUCCUUCUACAAGUUCUGCAAGGUGCUGGGAGGUACCACAGCAGAUGCCAUGUGCCCGAUCCUGGAGUUCGAAGCUGACCGGAGGGCCUUCAUUAUUACCAUUAACUCAUUUGGAACUGAGCUGUCCAAGGAAGACCGAGCAAAGCUCUUCCCGCACUGUGGCAAGCUCUACCCUGAGGGCCUGGCUCUGCUGGCCAGAGCAGAUGACUAUGAACAAGUCAAGAACGUUGCGGACUACUACCCUGAGUACAAGCUGCUGUUUGAAGGUGCUGGCAGCAACCCUGGAGACAAGACCCUUGAAGACAGAUUCUUUGAGCAUGAGGUGAAGCUGAACAAGCUGGCCUUCCUCAACCAGUUCCACUUUGGAGUCUUCUAUGCCUUCGUGAAGCUGAAGGAGCAGGAGUGCCGUAACAUUGUGUGGAUCGCAGAGUGCAUUGCCCAGCGGCACAGGACCAAGAUCGACAACUACAUUCCCAUCUUCUAACCCUGCCCUGCUCCUGCCCGACCCUCGCGCCCCUGGAGCUUGGUGGGACCCCAGUCUAGCUCCCCGAGUUACCCCUCACCCAGACUCCAGGGACAUCCCAUCUGUGGAACUGGCUCAGAUGAGGAAACUGUACAGUUGCUAGUUAAAUUAUUCACGAGCUGAAGUUUGAGUUGUGUGUGCUGUGAGGGGUCCAGAGGGACCAGUGGCACAGGCUUGGCCCUCUGCAGCAGGAGGGACACCUCCUCUUGCCUACCUAGUAGUCCCC